GCGGAUUCUGACAUUCAUUUAGGAAAUCAAAAUGGCGCGUUGAUGGGCGACGAUAAAUCUAACAUCAGAUUGGAUUUGUCAUUUAGUACAGCGCCAAGUAAAGUCCAGGAAGUUUGUUAUAAUGUCAGGGCUUGGCUAAAGUGAGCUGGUGUUAAUUCAAGUUGAAGGAGAAAAUGAAUAAACUCAAAACGUCCCAAAAAGAAAAAGUAAGGCAGUUCAUUGCUUUCACAAACACAGGAGAAAAAACUGCCAUCCACUGUUUGAGUAUGCAUGAAUGGCGUAUGGAUGUUUCUACUGAUAGCUAUUUCCAACAUCCUGAAAAGUAUUACAGGGAGUCAAAACCAUCUGUAGAUAAGAAGAAACUGAAUGCACUUUUUGAGAAAUAUAAAGAUCCAAACGAGGAGAAAAUUUUGGUAGAAGGAAUCAGCAGAUUUUGUGAUGAUCUAAGAUUAGAUCCAGCAAGCUUUGAUAUUCUUUUGAUUUGUUGGAAGUUCAAGGCUGCUGUGCAGUGUGAAUUUACUAGAAAAGAAUUUACGGAUGGCAUGUUAGAUUUAGGUACUGAUUCUUUGGAUGGUUUAAAAAGAACUCUUCCAAGAAUAGACAAGGAACUGUCAGAUAAAAACAAAUUUAAAGAUUUGUAUCAAUUUACAUUCAAUUUUGCAAAAAAUGUGGAACAAAAAGGAUUAGAUUUGGAGAUUGCUAUUGCUUAUUGGAACAUUGUUUUAAAAGGCAGAUUCAAGUUCUUGGACCUUUGGGUUCAAUUUCUGACAGAAAAUGAAAAGCAUUCAAUACCAAGGGACACGUGGAACCUUCUCCUUGACUUUAGUAAUAUGAUAUCCGAUGAUAUGAGCAAUUAUGAUGAGGAAGGGGCCUGGCCGGUGCUGAUAGAUGAUUUCGUCGAAUGGGCAAAGUCAAGGCUGAAGCGAACCACGUUGGUUUGAAAUAAAUGAAAGAGUUCGUAAUUCGAAGAAGAAAUCAAAUAGAAGACUGCACAGUAACUCUUUGCUACAAAAAUGUAAUGAUAUUUUGAUGAGGGUGUAGCACCGAUAUCUAGUUGAACUGUAGCGUGAGCAACCAUAACUGCUUUGCUUGAAGACUACGAAACGCUUGCCAUCAUUGCUACUUUUAUUAACAAAAUUUGCCAGUUGAUAGCAAGUAUUGGUCUUUUCAGGA